AUGAAUUCUCGAGAGCACUCGGAGAUCCCGCCAGCUCCGUCGUACCCUUCCCCCAACGCUGCUCAGAUAGCGCAGGGCACCGUGUCUUACUAUGCCAACCAGCGCCAUCUGACCGCAGAUGAGCUUCAUUUGUCUGCAGAGCUGUCCCGCGAGGUGGCCGGGGCCAGCGUGGAUGGCGGGAACGCUGCGUCCGUAGCUGCCGCUGCCACUGCUGCUGCGGCGGCGGCCAACGGGCUGCCCCAUAGCCAGGGGAUGGUGCUAGGCUCAUCUGGGCCCAACGCUGACGGAACAGUGGGUGUUGACCAGCAGCAGGUUCGCCAGCAGCAACGACAGCAACAGCAGCAGGAUCACCAGGUGCAGCAGCCUUCCCAGGGCCAGCAGCAUAUGCUUCAGUUUUCAUCUACCCAGCAGUCUGGAGUCGACCCCAACCAUGACUUGAGCUAUGGGGACCAGAGCGCUCGCCGGAAACGCUCAAAGGUCUCUCGCGCAUGUGAUGAGUGUCGUAGGAAGAAAGUCCGAUGUGAUGCCACCUCUGAAGCUGGUGUGGAGACAUGUUCAAACUGUCGCCGUACUGGCGCAACAUGCGAGUUCAGCCGCGUUCCAAUGAAGCGAGGUCCAAGCAAAGGAUACAUCAAGGAGCUGGCAGACCGUAUCAACAGCCUGGAGACUCAAAUGCAGCCCCCAAUGCAACCAGGGGAUAUGCACUAUCAGCAAAUGAACGAAGAUGGCACAUCUGGCCGGGGCUAUCAGGACUUCUCUCCGUCUAUCGAUAAUCAGGGACUCACUCGGAAGAGAACCCUCUCCAUGUCUGAAGGACUUCCUAACGCCUUCAUGCAGCCCCCUUUCAUCCAAGGUGCUCGGCCUACAUCAGUAGGCGGAUGGCCCGUGCAAGGACCAACAAAGGAUGCAGCCCAUGCAGCCGAUCUAGCUGCCCUAGACGAAUAUGGUGCAGUACAAAAUGGAAGUACACGGGUAAUGCAGCCGUUCUGGGCCCAAGAACUACCUGAAUCUGCACAGCAACCCGCCAUUAACCUAGAAAAGCUGGAAUCCCUUCCUGCACCGAUGGAAGUUGAUGAGGAAGUCCUCAAUGCUUACUAUCAGCACAUUCACCCUAUUUUCCCAGUUCUACCGAACUCCCGGGAUCUACUUUCCCAGUACCUUAAAUCAGCCAGCCGCCAGAUUCAAAAAACUUUCUUGCACUCAUUACUCGCUGUGACAGGGGCCGACCUGUCGAGAGCGGAAAAGUCGCUGCAGGAAACUCCAACCUUUCAAAGGGCACAGGAUCAUUUAACUGAAAGUCUUCGUGAAGACCCUCGCUCCCGGGCCCAGGCGGUUAAUUUUGUCCUCCUCUUCACAUUUACCCUGUUGAUCAUCGAUGCCGAUUCCAGGGGCCCGGAAAAUCUCCAUGGUCAGAACGGGAUUAGUAAGACGGUUCUCGUUGACGCUGCAUUCCCUAUCGCGCAUCAUCUCGCGCGGUCGUAUGAUCAGCUUGAUAGCUGUAACAUAGAUGACAAGGACAUUGAUUCUGACGGCAAUCUUGCAAGAAGGAAUUGGACUGUCCUGAUGAUCUUGUCUCGCUGGCAUAGCCUAAGCGUGGCUGGUCGGGAUGUUUUUGGUGUUUUUGAAGCUGCUAUGCCCGAAGAUCGUGGCAUCCUCAGCUUUGCUUCUCUACAGCUUGCCCGCUAUUCGACAUCAGUCUCCGAAAUCAUCGAAGUGCUCUUCGACAACACUGUUCACCCUUCGUUUGGACGGAUGAACAGUCACUCUCUCCGCCGCCUCUACUACGGCCAACUCAAACGUCUCAAAGACCUUGAGUCCUGGCAUGAACCCACUAGUGAUGACGAAAUGAGCACAACGUACACCGAAUCCGUUUGCCCACUAAUAUUCUGGACCCUCACCCUCCUCUUGAAAAGGCAACUCUAUACAUCCGUCCCUGCUGAGGUGCUAUACCCUGCGCAAGUCAUCCUCGACCUUCUCAUGCAGCACUCCGACUCAGAUAAGUUCAUCACAUCGCCAUUCCAUCAUCACGCCCUGGCUCUUGCCAUUAUGACCUUAUUGGAAUCCACAGACCUCCCCGAAUUGGCAGCAGAUGCAUGGAUAUCCCUAGACAAAGCACUCCAGAUCAUCAGUCAACGCGAGAAGCAUGCCACAGCAGCUGAAGAGUUUGGCAAUAUAUUCUACACUCGAUCAUGGGGAGAAUGCUUCCGUGCAAUGAUUGAAGUCAAGGUCGCUGCUUUCCGGUCCACGCAGCAGGGCUCUGGUGCCGUGGGAACCAGCGAACAGCGCUCCCUUGAGCAUCUGGCAGAUUUGGCUGUUGGGGCUGGUGGUGCUGCAGCUGCAGCAGCUGCCGCCGCUGCCGCUGCUGCUGGCACAAAUACAGAGAACCAGACUGCUCGUUCAGGAACUGCUGGUGCAGAGGAUGCUGCUAGCGGUAGCCAGACAAACACUAAUGCUGAUACUGCCACAGGCCAAAAGGACAAGGCAGAUAUACGUGUCUAUGUUGACUUUACACAGUUAACUAAGAGAGGAUAUCUCAAUGUGUUUGCUGGGCUAUAG